GGGGCCCAAGAGCCCCCGGCACGCCUAGUUGUCAUUGUUGGGGAUCCUGCUUCGUUGAUCUGCUCCGGGCGGCUGCAAUCUCCUAGAAGCACAAAGGGCUUCCAGCGUCGAAAGGCAGAGAGCCCUCGUGUGGGGGAUGCCCAAUCUGUACGACAGCUGCCGUCCCGCGUCCACUUUUCCGAAGGGAAGUUUGGCAGGCUGUUUCAAGUUUGUGCCUCUUGCGCCAGCUUGAAGAUCAGGUAGUUUGCGCUAGGGGCGCGUCGUCGACAAGCUUCGAGGGACUCGGUCUUCAAGCCAAGGCAACCCUGAACAGUGAGCUUUUCUGGAAAGGGCAGGCACUAACCCUGAGUAGGACGGUAGCAGAUAAGCACCUCAGGAGUUAAGAGGCCAGCAAGCAUGACAAAAACAGAUGCGCUUGUGGGAGACUCAGCAAGCGACAGCAGCAUGAACACGAAGUCCCGGCUAUGGCGGCAUAUGAAGAAGUUGGUCCAAUAUCCGGCAGUGCUGCAGAAGAAGGCGACAGCAAGGUACGCUAAGUGGGACACAAUUUUGGACACCAAGGAGCGCGAAUUCUGCGAAGCAGUGAGCUCCGGGACUUUGCUCAACUGCCCGUUCGAUACGAGCCUGCGUCUGGAGGGGGAGGACUUUCGCAGGUGGUCCGCUAGCACAGAUCGUGACCUGAUGCUGUGGCUGAUUGAUGGGGAGGUGUGGAUAGUGGGCGACAGGGCCAGCGCCUGCCACGAGCUGGCGUUCACGGCAUUUGAGCUCCUGGAGGAAGGCCUAAACAAAUUGGUUGCCUUGGAUGUCCCGCCUCUCGACGAGCUCGACGGGCACCUCCGAAACGGACAAUCCUUCUUGGAAGCAUCAAUGGGGGGAUACCAUCGAAAUUGGAGGCCGCGCAUUUGGGGCAAGAACCCCCCCAUCCUCAUACAUAGCUUCGACUCUUGGGCGUCCUUUGCAUUCAUGGGGAUUGUGAUGGACAAGUUCAUUCACAUGCCGGGGGUGCACUUGUGCAUUGGUGUCAAGGCCGAGAAGGGGAAUACCGCAAAAUGCAUCGCUGUCGCAAGGUGGAGGGACCCCGAUCAUGAAGGAGGCAUAAUAGAAGACAACAUCGAUGGACUUCGGAAAACGUUGGAGAUUCCCGUGAAGGCCUGUUUUGAGGGCAAGAAGCACAUGAUGCCUUCUGAGCUGCAGGCAUUCAGUGAGAGGAAUGUCACAAUAAGCCUAAGCUGGCUGGCGUUCAAGUACUCAAAGAUUUUGCGCCAGCAAGAAGCAGCCGGAAAACAGUGCUCUUAAAUUGUAUCUUCGGAAAGAAUUGAGCACUGAAACGCUUUGCAAGACAAGGCAGUCUAGUGCCGGUUUGUUUGUAAAUAAGUCUUUGUCUUAAGUGUACGUUCGAGCAACAAUCAACGAGUAUAAGAUAGCUCAAAGCCCGAGAUUUUGAUCAAGAAUGUGUGAGUGUCGUCAAAUUCAAUAUGCAGAAGUCUAACAAGCGUAUGUUUGAUUUGCGUGGAUCUGUCAACGUCGGC